GGUUGGUCUUUGGGGGGGCUGAAAAUGCCAGGCCUUUCCACGCUUGACAUGAGUGUCCGGACCCAUCCCGAAGCGAUGACGACGAUCCCCCGAGCGACGUUUCUCCGCCCGCGGUCGCCCACCUGUUCGGACCCCUCGACUCUUGCGCACCGUGCGAGUCGGAUGGUCAAGCGGCCAUCCCGUCCUGGAUCUGGGAGCAGCCACCACGUCGGGGCUACGUCGGACGCGCGCAGGCUCACGUCCAAGGUGUCGUACUACUCGACCAUGCGCAUCCACGUCAAGCGCGUGCAGUACGCGCUCGAGGAGGAGAAGCGCACGUCGUUCUACAAGGAGCUGGCCGUGUACUUGGUCUUUCUCUUCAUCAUGCUCGUCACGGUGUGUGAGCUCCGCGUUCAAGUCCCGUUCGAGCACAACGACGGCCUCGACCAGGUCUACUUUUCGCAGCAAUUCCCCAACCAAAUGUCCCCCAAGACGAUCCACGACGUGAACAACGUGGACGACAUUUGGGACUGGUUCCAGGGGGUUCUCGUUCCCGGCUACUACAACACGACCCAGCGCAACAGCUUUCGUGUGUCGAGCGUGCAGGUCCGCUUCAGCCGCGUGCAAGGGCGGCCAUGUCGCACCGUCACGGCGCUCGUGGCGCUCUUCCCAGCGCAAACGUGCUACCCCGCGUUUGAACACGGCAGCCAAGACACAGCCCCGUACGGCGACGACGGGUUUGGCCACCCCUUUGCAUAUGAAACGGGACUGCGCCCGCUGCGCCGGUCGCUCCAAUACACACCGAAUUUGUGGAACUUUCGCAUGGACUAUGGAACGGGGGGCUACACGGUGUACUUGCCGCGAGACGACGCGGCGGUCGGCGUCGCCAUGGUCGACGCCAUGGCCGAGACAGUCGUCCUCCCCAGCACGCGAUAUAUAGCUGCGACGUGGGUGUUGUACAACCCGAGCACGGACGUCGUGAGCCAGCUCCAUGCGCUGUUUGAAAUCAGCGCGACGGACCGGGUGCAGAUGUCGUACCGAGUCAGCAGCUUUGAGCUCCGAGACAUCCACUCGAUCGACGCGCUCGCGCUCGACACGCAGAGUUUGCUCAUGGUGUUUCUGGCCGUCGUCACGCUCGGCUUCAGCUACCGCGAAGUGCAAUCGAUCGGCGACGGCGGCGUGCGGUCGUACUCCAAGUCCGUGUGGAACUAUUUUGAAGUGAUCCAGAUCGGGUGCCUCUACGGCCUCGUCGUGGCCUGGUUCUUGUACGUUGUGGAGUGCCACCACAUCGUUCCCACGCUCCAACGCAUGGUGCAGGACACGUCGUGUACAGCGCCGACGAGUGGUCGCGACUGCUUUGUCGAGCUCACGUCGUUGGCCGACCUUGUGGACACAAUUCACAAUGUGGGGGCGACUCUGGCGCUUGUGAGUGCCGCGAUCGUGUUCAAGUACCUCCGGCUCAACACACGGCUCAACAUGCUGUGGGAGACGCUUCGACUGGCGGCCAAGGACCUGGUUGCGUUUGUCUUUAUCUUUAUGUUUGUGUUUUUUGGGUACGCGAUCAUGGGCUUCCUCCUCUUUGGCACGCACUCGCCCGACUACCGGAGCCUGUCGGACAGCUUGACGGCGUGCUUUCAAAUGCUGCUGGGCGAUUUCAACUAUGCGUCGCUGUCGGCUGCAAACCCGGCCAUGUCGGGCCUGUUUUUCUUUUCGUUCAUGAUUCUGGUGUUCCUGAUCGUGGUCAACAUGUUUGUCGCGAUCUUGAGCGAGUACUACACGCUCGCGCAAGCGGCGAAGCGCGAGACGGACGCGAAGAAGAAGAUGCUGCUCCAUGCCACGACGGACGACGACCAGGUCGUCGAGUACGACGUGUUCAAGCAGGUCGUGUCGUUUGUACGAGAUCUGCGAUGGCGCGUCAAGUUUAGCCGCACGGAACCAGUGCCCGUCGUCGGCAACUCGUGCGUCCUCGUCGUCGACUAUGCGUACUUGAUGGCCGAGCGCGCGCGGCUGCGGACAAACUUUCGCAUGGCGAUCUUGGUCGUGCGAACGUGCAUUCGAUGGUUUCCUCGACCGUUUGACCGCCCGUCCGACGGCAACCCACGCCUCGCCAGCGUCGGCAUCCACCCUGGCCUCCCCCCCAAGGCCCGCCCCACGCGGCAUCUCAAUUACACGAAAUUCCCCGUCACCUAUGUACCGCUCCAUUCCAAGUCGGCCGUCGCCGCCACCAUGAUCGACCAGCUUGAGCCAGGCAUGGUGCUCGAUCUCGAUGACGGGUCCCUCACCUGCGACCGGAUUUGCCUUGAAGUCCUCGGGCCACAGGAACUGUACUUGACACACGAUGCCAACGACACGGAUGACAUGGAUCCAAACGAACGACGUCCACCGUCGCGGGCGCACUUUGGAUUGCAUCACGUGCAUCCGACACUUGGCAGUGGCAACCACAUCAAGUGCUGCCGCGUGAGGUACCAAGGGGAGAUCAUCCUGGCGGGCCACGAGUCGUGUGUUGUAUCGAGGCGUGUGUGGGUGAAAUAUCUGGUGGCAAGGCUGUGGCGCGUCGUGGCCUCUGUGUUCAAGUCGUCGUGGUGGCGCCUCCGAUGCACAUCGUCGUCGCCGCUCGUGGCCAAGCGGAAGCGGCUCAUCUCGGACGACGACCUCGCCAUGCUGUUGCGGGCGCACAUGACCAAAGACGAGAGUUUGUCGUGCCGAUUUGACGAACUCGUGCGGCAGUUCCGACUGUUCCUGGCAAAGAAAGCGCGGCAAGGCGCGGUGCGAAUCCCCAGCCACGACUUGGAAACGUGCGUGCUGCACGAAGCAAUUGCGUUUGUCGAACGCUUCCCAAAAGCGCUCCUGCCUCUGGACAAGCGGGAACUUGUCGGGUACAAGUACGUCCCGUCGCCGACCGACACGGCCACGAUCCGGCUCCCCAACAGCAUCGCCAGGCUGUCGGAAUUCCUCGCGCAGAAUGCCCACGAAGUGUGGUCAGAGAGCCGCAUUGCCCAAGGGUGGAAGUGGGGCCCCCAUCGCGAUAACGACAAGAAACUCCAUCCCGACUUGCUCGCAUACAAUCAACUCACGGACCACGCCAAGCAGUUUGACCGAGAAUCGUCCAUCGAAACACUCAAAGUCAUUCAGGCGCUGGGCUACGUGAUUCAUCCAAAGGGCUCGUCGUCUCAGCAUCCCACGGCCGCCGCCGCUGGCACGGCAGUCCCUUGCAACGACGCGGGGACGACGACCCAAGUAUGGGACGUUGAAUUCGGCAUGCCCGCGCCCCCCGGCGACACGUACACUCCCAAACCGAUCGCGACAGCCGACGUUCACUUGUCGGGGGAGCUCCAGUCGCUUGUUGAACUGCUCGCGGAAAACUCACACGACCUGUGGGCGAAAAAGCGGAUGGAGGAAGGGUGGGUAUACGGCCCCAAGCGCAACGACGCGACCAAGGAGCACGACGGGCUCGUGCCGUACGUGUAUCUGACCGCGGAGGAGAAAGACAUGGAUCGCAACAGCGCCGUCCAGACCGUCAAGUGCAUCCUGCGCUGUGGGUUCACGUUUCAACACAAACGAACGAACGCCAAGUUCAGAAUGUUUGGCGCGCCACAGAAAGCAUCCAACCCAGACCUUUCCACGACCGUUCCUAACAUCUCCGGGGGGAAGGACACUGCGGUGCAGGGGCCUGUUCCGUCCACCAAGGCGUUGGUGCUUAUGCCGCCGACACAUACCCACCCGGCCGCCCACGACCCGUCUCUUCACGUCCCGAACCAGCUUUGCAUUCGUAUUGCUCCAUAACAUGUCUGAGCUGGCUGGGUUGGCGCGCGA